AUGGAGCAGAAUACCCGCGAGGUCGCCAGAGGAUACUGGGAGGAGGUCCGUCGAGUUCGCCAGGAAGUCCUUCAUAAGAUUGAUGACAUCAGAAAGGGCCGUGGUGGUACCAACUUCACUUCUCAAUUUGAGAAUGUCGAGAGCGUCAUGAAAGAACUUCGCCUUGCCUGCAUGCGACUCAUAUUCCAUGACUUCGACUAUGCUGCUGGGAAGGACGUCGAGUCUGUAUUGUGGCAGGCUCACACGCACUUGAACGGCGAAUAUCGUCGGAUAUUGAGUCGUCUUGGAUCGCAAGCCCAGGCGGUCCAGAAGCGCAAAGUUGACAAGCUUUACCGAGACUUCCUGAAGACGUCGCAGUCUUUUUAUCGGGGCUACAUCCAGCGGCUGUCCAGUCUCUUCUGUAUUCCAGAGCUUCGUCAAGCCGCUCAUGCUAUGGAACUGGCGUCUGCUGAUACCACUGGUCAAGAUGUCGCCCCACCUUCACCGCUUCGCAUAGCCAUUCUUAGUGCUUGCUACAUGACACUAGUUCGCCUGGGUGACUUGGCCAGAUAUCGUUGCCAGGCUGCGGAUAAGCCUUCGAAGAACAACUUCAAUAUUGCCUUGACCUACUAUAGUCUAGCCAACACGCUAGAUCCCGAUGAUGGAUCAUCUCAUCACCAGAUGGGCGUUCUGUACCAGCUUCAGCAACACCCACUGGAAAUCAUCUACUAUUUCCACCGAUCCAUUUCCAUUGCCAAGCCGUAUAAACUCGGCCCCAGCAACCUUGAAAGCGGCUUCAAACGUCUAGAGAAUCCGUCUAAUACCAAACGCGGAGCGGCUAAGGACCCCUCCGAGACCAUGACAGCCUGGUUCUUGAGUCUGCAUGCUCAUUACUACCUGGGAGAGCCGUUCGCUGCCCAGGCUGAGCUUGAAGAAGAGGUUCUACACCGUCUGGACAUGUCUGUGAAAGUGGAAGGCAAUGGAGAAGUGCUGCUGAAGAUGCUUCUAAUAAAUAUCGCUGCGUAUGACAUUGCGUCCGAUAAAGUCAAAGCGAACUGGACGCUGACUGGCUCUCAAUCCUGUCAGUUCAUGUUAAGCUUCAAUAUGCGCACAGCUUUGAUUUUACUUCGCCUUCUGAAGUCGGCUCUGCAGGAGAAUGCUACCUUGACCACUACUCAUGAUAGCGGAAACGAUUCACAAGGGAACGUUGAGAGUACCACCAGUUUCCUUGUGCCGCUAAGUAAGCUUCUGCCACUUUGCCGCAUCUACAUUGCGUGGAUAUACGUUUGUAGAGCGGACUUUGUUGCUUAUCAGGAGUAUCUGGAACCUCAUAUCAGAGAGCUGUACAGACUCCUUGGAGACGUAUUAACCCGACUUUUUCCCUACGUCGACUUGAACCAGAGAGUUGUUGAGUCCAAGUAUCUCCUACCCGAAGAUUCAGAGGCGGUCGGCCUAAAGAUUCUCUCUGAUAGGAAGCUGCCCCUUUUCCUAAAGGUAGAAGUAUCUCCCGACAUAAACCCACCUAAACGACGCAAAUCUUUGAAGCCUCGCAAGGAGGUCCUCGGCAUCGAGUGCAAAGCAGAGACAGAAACCGUCUGGCGCAUCCGAGACAUUGUUUGCUGUGGCAUUUACCUAGCUGGGAGUGGGAAGUUCCCGCUCGCGAUGGGCAAGGAUGCCAGCGGUGUUGAGACAUGGCGGUACACCGAGGAAAACAGCAACCAUGAUUAUCUUGAUGAAGCAUCUAUGACGCAAACCUUUGCCAAACUCAAGCUCGGUGUCUUAAAGACUAGCCUGACUGGUGAGGAUACGCCCAAUAUCGCUCUUGAGAACGUCAAUAUUGAGGCGACGAAACGCGGUUAUCUCGUGCAAUCGGCACCACUUCACAUGGCGUCUGUAGACAAUGGUCAACCAAUGGAGGCUGCCCCCACAGAACCACUUCUUGAGUCAGACUUGAGCAGAGACAGCGAGAUGGUCAAAAUGGUGGACAAUCUUCUGGACACUGAUGAUGAUGAGGUCAAUGAUCAUCUGGGGAGAACUGGUGUCACCGUAUCUGACGACAUGGCUGAUAUGAUCAUCCACCACUCCAAUCAGGCCGAGGCUAAUACAAGCUACGACAUAGACUCAUCCACUGCCGACGAUAUCUUUGGUCGUCUUGCAUUAAGCCAAAAUGGACAGACGGCUGCAGCAGCUGACAGAACCGGUCCCAAUUCACCCUGGGACUACUUCUAUACGCCUAGAACCAGGAGGCGUGGAACUGGAGACAAUCACAGUGGGAUUAAUUAUGAUAUUCCCAGGACCGCCGAAGCCCAACUUGACGCUGCGGUCACGCCCACUGCGCAAACUACUUUUGGCCAGCGUUCUGCAUUCACUGACGGCCAAUUCACGGCACAAACUUCCAGCCGCUUCCAUACCUCCCCACUCAGCCAAGAGAGAACAGCGCAUGCUGCGCAAAAAGCAUUCAUACCCAGCCCAGAUAUUCAUACAAGCACUGGCAGUCCUGAUUAUGCCACAAACCAACGCAACACCGCUCUUGAUAAUCUGCAUUCCAUGUUGACUGCGCAGUACGGCUCAGGCUUGGUUGCAAAUAACCCUCGCUCACCUGGCCUUCCCUUGUACAGCAGUGAUGCCAUGCGCUCUGCUCAGGGGCACAAUCCUGGUAUGUCUGGCUCUACUUUUUCCGCAGGGACUCGAGAAUCCUCGGAUAUCAGUUUGCUUGGAAACAACCGAAAUAAGGCAGCUCAGCGUAUGAUGGAUCAACAAGCCAACCAUCGCAGACUCUAUGGAAACAAUCAGGUUUCCGGGGGAUCCAUUGGAGGUUCCAACUCGGCAGGUGGAUUUCGCGGUCCCGCGAGCCCUACAGGCGCGGCUUACGGUCAUCAACAAGCAGCGGCCUUACUUAACCGCUUUUCUCCAUCUUCCCCUGGCCCCGCACCUGGCAGUUUCCAAGAGCAGAUUCCAUCAGGCUGUAGUGGUCCCAGCACUGGGUCCUCCCUCGUAUUUUCGCACCCAAGCAGUCUCUGGGGUGGUACGCCAGAUUUGCCUCCUGCCCCAAAAGGAUUCGUCGGCUGCAAUGGCAAUUUCUUCAACGCCAGUACUGCAUUCGGUCGCAGCGGCGAAGUCAACAACAGAAAUGACCCGACGCACUUCCGCAAUGCGGUCAAGGAUAUGUUCGACACGGACACAGCCAGCUCCUACGACAAGCAGAUCUUAGAGGCUGCACUGGCCGGCAACGGCAACCAGCCUCGCCAAAAGUAG